AUGAAUUUCCGGGCUCUCACGGCGGCCUUGCUGCUCGUGGAAACUGCUCUUGCCAGCACCCCCGCCAUCGAAAUCAAAGGCUCCAAGUUCUUCUACUCCAACAAUGGAACUGAAUUCUACAUUCGAGGCAUAGCCUACCAGGAGAACUACAGCGGCGGAGGAGCCGAUGGCACUGGUCAGACCAGCGACUCUGGCUACCAGGAUCCCCUCUUCGAUCUCACCAAGUGCGAGCGCGACAUUCCCUAUCUCACGCAAUUGCGCACAAAUGUGAUCCGAACAUACACGCUGGACCCAACCAAGGACCACGAUGACUGUAUGCAAAAGCUGGCCGACGCAGGCAUCUACGUGAUCAGCGACCUGUCUUCGCCCGAUAUCUCUAUCGAAGCGAACUCGCCCGUGUGGACGGUCGAUCAAUACGAGCGAUACACCAGUGUCAUCGAUACUUUCCACAAGUACGACAAUGUCAUUGGUUUCUUCGUCGGCAACGAAGUUGUCAACCAGCCAAACCAAACGAACGCCGCGGCCUUUAUCAAAGCUGCCGCUCGUGAUAUGAAGUCCUACAUCACGGACAAGAAUUAUCGCAGCUCACUCGCCAUCGGCUACGCAACAACCGAUCAAGAAAAUAUCCGAACAACACUCUCAGACUACCUCAACUGCGGCGAUCAGUCAAGCGCAAUCGAUUUCUUCGGCUAUAACAUCUACGAAUGGUGCGGCGACCAAACAUUCCAAGACUCAGGAUACAAAGCUCGAACCGAAGAGUACUCAAAUUACUCCAUCCCAGUCUUCUUCUCAGAAUACGGCUGCAUAACCGUGCGACCCCGCAAAUUCACCGACGUCCCCGUCCUCUUCGGCCCCCAAAUGAGCGACGUAUGGAGCGGUGGCAUCGUCUACAUGUACUUCGAAACGGACAACCAUUACGGCCUCGUCUCUGUAGACGGCAGUUCUGUCAGCACAGAGGUCGAUUUCAGCUACUACUCCAGCCAGAUUCAAAGCGCGACUCCUAGCGGUACCAACAGCGCCAGUUAUUCACCGACUAAUUCGCCCCGUGCAUGCCCUACCCUUGACGAGAACUGGCUCGCCAAGUCCAGUCCUCUACCCCCGACUCCGGAUUCUCAGCUUUGCUCUUGUAUGGUUUCUAGUCUGUCAUGUGUGGUUAGCGAUUCCGUAAAGGCGGAGGACUACACUGAUCUCUUUGCUCAAGUUUGUGGAUAUGGGAAGCAUAUUUGUGAUGGUAUUGCGCAUAAUGCGACUACUGGUGAUUAUGGUGCCUACAGUGUUUGUGGUAGCAAGGACCAGCUGUCUCAGGCGUUCAACCGAUACUAUGAAAGUCAGAAGAAGGCCAGUUCUGCUUGUGAUUUCAAUGGUGCGGCCAAGGUACAGUCUGUCAAGGAUGCCUCGAGUGACUGUAAGGCCCUUGUUAACCAGGCUGGUGGCGCUGCCGGAACUGGUACUGUUACUUCUCAUCCUACUGGGGGCUCUGGGGGCUCUGCUAGUACUUCGACCUCCAAGGGGGCUGCAGCUGGAACUGUUGGUCCUGCUGUUUUUGUUAGCGGUUGGUUGACGAUGACUUCUGGUAUGGGAGCUGUGGUGGCUGGUCUUCUAAUGAUGGCGCUUUAG